AUGAUAACACCAGAAGAAAUGGCGAUCGCUGAUAGGCGGACGGAACAGAAGAUAUUUCAGUUUAUCUGUGUUAUAAAAUGGUUGUCGGAGCAGUGUUGUCAAAAGUCACGGGUCGCAGAUGUGUCGCCUCCAGCUUCACUUAAGUGUUAUGUGCGAGGCUCUGGCCUUUGUACUGGGGUAACGGGACGGAAAGCCAGAUUUACUUUUCACAUGACAGAUAUAUAUAAAAUCCGGGACAUUUCUAUCAACAUCCGGGGACCACGCCACGAUUUGUAUUGCGAAAGGAUAGUUAACAUGUUAAACCUUCCUUCAAACACCACUAUGUCAAACAUCACCAAAAAUGUAACUAAGGGAGAGACGAAAGAUACUACACAUCAGAUACCCUCUAGGGUGGCCUCUACAGAACACGUGCACGGCUACCUUGAUGACGGGUUCGGAAACAUAUUCCUACGCGUGAAAGAAUUCGACAGAACGACAAAUGGUACUUUCAAUACAAAUACGAUUAGUUUUUCGUGUCAGUGCAAUGGAUUAGGAACUUUUCUGUUUACUUUCAUUCCAGUUUUUGCGGGAAUCCAUACUAUUUCUAUCAAAACUGGGACACAACACGUUGGAGAGUCACCGUACAAGGUAAAAAUUUAUCAACCAUGCGACCUCAAGCAAAGGACUACAAAUGAUGCGAAUGAUAAGCUUUUCAUACUAGAUUCAUUGUCAAUGGGGUCGUUGGAUGAGCAUAUCAAGGAUACCGAAGCCACAUCUCAACAUGAAAACGGUGUUAAGAUUAUCGGUAACGGCAAUGGCAAAUCCCCAAGGAAAUCCGAACGAUUAAGACUUAAAAGACAGUUCACUAUACGUAAGAAGAGGGUACUACGGAAGGUGGUAACAAAAAAUGGUGAGGAAAUAAGCAUACUGGAUUCACCGUCUGUUCCUUCGUUAUCCCGAGAUACAAGUAUCAACACAGACUCGGAUUUAACUGAGGAUGAGGCGAAAGGGAUUCUUGGAAAUAUAUACUGUCGUAAUAAAAGAAACUCAUUAGAUGUAACAAAACGGAGAUCGGGGAAUGGAACGAAAACUGAAGACGGACAGACAUAUUUAAGCGAAGGUGUGCAAGCACUUCAAAAUAGGACAAAAUCAGAAAUUCAACAUCAAAAGAAUGUUACAUCUUCAUCGAGUAAGAAAUUCGUGAAACUAGAUGAAAACCUCAAAAGCAAUGUGAAAAAGAAUCAAGGUAUUCCAGUGAAGUGUAUAAAAAGUGGUGGAGAUACUUUACAAAUCACACACGAGAGACACUGCUGUGAGCGAGACAACAGUAACGUUCUGUCUAUGGAAUCACUGCAUCUCAACAAAAAGGGUAACGAGUUGUCAAAUUCAGAGUAUGAUUCUUCAAUAUCAGAUUCACAAAGUCAUUUGUAUAUCUAUGAAGAUUUGUCAUCACAAGACAAUGUGAUAUCACAAGUUGAAAAUUUUGAAUCAAGUGAAAGCACAUGCGGUAUAUUAAAAAUCCAUGACUAUAGUAAACUGUUGCGACAAAUGUCUGAUGAUAACUCAGAUGUUUUUCAUAAUGCAAGUCAGUCAACGUAUACAGCCCCAUCGACAUCUGCUAGUGAAAGAACCUCUUCAACCGGCGAAGAUGUGGUUUCAGCUUUUUCAAAUUUCAGCGUGUUUUUUCAUGGAUUAGAUGAUAUUUCAUCAUCAUCCUUUUCCACAAAGGGAGAUAACCCCGAUACCAUACAAUCUCUAGAUAAAGAUAGCGAAGCGAUCAUUGAUGAAAGCGUAUCAGCAGCAGCAGCACAUCACAAUUCUGAUAUCGUGCCAACUAACCCGAUAGCACCAACCACCUUAUCUACUAAUUUAGUAUCACGUUACACAGACAGUGCCGAGAAAUAUCGAUCGUGCAUAACUUCGAAAAAAUCAGCUGCCGCGUCAUUCCGCUCAGCAUUUUCAAAACCAGGCUUAUGCAACGGAAAAACCUUUGAUUAUUCAGAUCUGACACGUGAUAGUUAUUCAUCAAGACAUAACACCCACGAGGAUAGAAUCGAGGAUCUGUCACCCUGUAUACCAGGAACCAGUUUAGAAGACACUGGCGGCAUUUCUGGACAUACUCGGUAUUUACAACACUGGCUUGACAAUCAGCCAUUACCUGAGUAUGUGGCUGCCGAGCAGACGACAAAUACUGUGACGUCUCGAUGCGAUAAUACAUCCCUGUCACAGAUACCACACGCGACAACGAGCAGUGAUUCACAAAACGGAGACGGAAUCGAUCUCCCUUGCGGAGACAAGGCGGUUGAGUUAACACAUAGCAGACAGAUGCCUAUACCUUCUAUCGGUUUCCUAGGAGCGUCCACUUCUGAUGCUGUGAGUCCAUGCUUACCAAAAGCAUGGGAUAAGGUCCAAGGUCUGGAAUGGCGUGAUGGUAAGUCGGAGGAAAUAGGGAGGAGAAAGUCGGACACUGAGAUAGGCAACCACCCUCAAAAUGUAACGCUGAUGAUGUUUCGCACACUUCCAAGUUUCGAGUCGGCUGUUUGUCUUCCUUCCACUAUGAACAUUGUUGUUCCUACUCCUCAUCGUGAAAAAUGUACUCAGGUAUCAGCAGACGAAAUCAUAAAAGCGACCGGAUCAACACUGCGCAUGUCUUGUUUUCGAUUGAUACGUAAAAGGGUUUGUAUAAAAAUAAACUCGGAGGAAGAUAUUUCUACUGGUACUCACUUAGAGAAAUAUGCCGAUACAUCCAAUUAUAUCAGACAAAGAACACAAGAUACAGAUGACCAAGACCUCCGCAUCAGUAGGGCCAGUCCUCCUCAACUCAGAGUAACGCACAAUGAAAUGGAUUUGCAUGGCUUGCAGAAUACGGAUAGAAAAGCUAUUCGACAAUCAACGACCGAAACAGUUGACAGUGGAAUAGCAGACGAAAAUUCAAAGCCUCCUUCUGUAGUGCCUAGUAGUGUGACCGUAGACACCCGGCGUACAUUUUUGAGUGGUCACAAAUUAGUAUACAGACGUCCGUACAAAGGAAUCAUUCACAUUGACCAGAAAUUAAUCCGGAGCAAUAGCACUCCAGAUUCUUCAAAAGACGGGGAAGGACGCUUCUACACAACCUCUCGGAGUCUUUCAAAGGCGUCCGAAUCAAAUGUAUCCGAUGAUCUAGCAGAUUGCGUCGUUACUCAACGUAAACACUUGAGACAUCUCAAAAGGGGACAGGCAUUUAGUCUUUCUGAUCCGGAAUUACAUCUCGCCGGAAUUUCCGGAUUCAAAUCUCGAUACCCUUCCUUUAUGAAAACUAUACAACAGAUCGGUUUCAGCCAUCGGUUUAUCGGAAAUGGCAAUAAAAGCGACAAAGAUGAUGUUACAAAUCAGGAGAGUGGUGAUGUGGGAAAUGACGAACGAUUUAUCGGAGAAAAUAUGUACGGAAACGAUAGAUUGGGCAUCGAAGAAAGAGCUUGUAUCAGAAAAUCUGAUAGCAAGGUCGGUAGCAACAAUGAAGGAGUAGUUUCUCUUACCAGUGGGAAUCGCAGGUAUAACUUCAGCGAGUCGAGGGAAUACUGGGGCAGCAACGAACUAGGUCAUACCAUGGAUACACGGUUUGAUGACAUUAAUAAUAGUGAUUUACACAACAAUUUGAACAAGAGCAACUUCGACUCGUUUUCUCCUCGUGCCGAAAGUCUAGAUGAUUCCUAUUGCAUGUUCGGUAUUUCCGAGGAUUCUCAGAGAAAAUUCCUACCGGCAAUUGGUGAUUUUCAAAAUGGCUCUAUCAAGGAAAAGUCAAACAGAAUUCCUCAUCAUAUCACUUUUUCUAACGACGAUUGCACGGCAGAGGAGAGUGAGACAGCAGCGAAUGCAUUUUUUCCGUCUUUAGAACAUAUGAAUAUGGUAGGUCACGUGACAUAUGAUCAGAUCGAUGGGCAAAGAGAAUAUAGCUCGGAAGAUAAUUAUCGUGGAUUUGGUAUAAAUGGACAAGACCGAACAGAUCUUCUGCAAAAUCUCAAAGGAUUUAAAAAUUUAGAGAAUGUAGCAGACGAAAUGCAUACGAUAAGCACUGCAUUACAAAUAAAUGAGGCGGGAGAGAGUAACCAAUCAGAUACGCCUUACCGUCAGAGAUAUGUUGCCAAUCUUUACCACGAUGCCCGAUAUGUCACUCUUCAUCCCGAGAACCGGCAGAUCAAGACGGUGGCACCAACACAUUAUAUCUCGUCAGUUAAUUUUGAAGUGAAGGCUUCGGCGUUCAAUUGUGUCAGCAUGUUUUACUGUCCACCACGUUAUCCAUCACUCUCAGUUGAGGAUACGGGCCCUGUACAAAGUUCGGAUAUGAGAUACGCAUGCGAUAUAUCGAGUACAGGAUUAUGUUAUAUGUUCGACAUGAAAGAAGAAUUGCAGUCCAUGCCAGACGUAAACCAUCAAACUGGCUGUACGAACACGGACCAGCUCCAGGUGGACGGGAUAGGGUUAACAUUGGGGCAAGUCGGUGUCAAAAAUAACUUCCAGAUUUGGGCUGCCUCCGACGUCACUGGAUGUCCAACCGUUUCUAUCUAUGGACCAUAUCCGCAUUGUGUUACCGAGACAUGUGUAAUCUACACUGGCGAUGGCCUAUAUGAAGUCAUUUAUGAAGUCACACAUCCGGGUUAUUAUAUCAUCAAUGUUAAAUGGCGGGAUCUCGAGUUACAAGAAAGUCUUUGUAAAAUAACAUAUUAACAUUAAAUACAUAUUUACAAAUUAAUCAAUUCCGGAGGAAUACAUGGAAGAGUAUUACAUAGUCAUAUAUAACGCUAAGGUAGUUAAUGAUAAGUGAUUUAUUCUGUAAUACAAGUUAAGUUGGUUGUCAUGUUCGGCGUCUAACAGUUAUAUUUAUUGUGACGUCACAAAGUGAUGUCAGUGAAUACAAUGGGCAACAUACAAAUUUUCAAUGGUUCAGACAUUGUGUUAACCAGAGACGUAUGAACUCUAAGUGAUCUAGAGAAAAAGGUGUCAAAUCAGUUUCCAUUUCAAAACUGACUGCAGAAAAUUCAUCCUGAAGUUGUCCUUUCAGCGGUUCGGAACCUUUUUAAAAUGACAACUUCUGGAAUUGUCAUCUCCAUGUAGUACGGUGUACGAAUGCGUAUGUAUGUGGUUGUAACACUGUAAGCAUUUAGAUGUAGUGGAUAUAAAAUACAUGGUCAAGGUACAGUCAAUGUAUGGUCAAGGUACGGUCAAUGUAUGGUCAAUGUAUGGUCAAGGUACUGUCAAUGUAUGGUCAAUGUACUGUUAAUGUAUGGUCAAAGUAUGGUCAAUGAAUGGUCAAGGUAUGGUCAAUGAAUGGCCAAGGUAUGGUCAAUGAAUGGUCAAGCUACGGUCAAUGUAUGGUCAAGGAAUGGUCAAGGUACUGUCAAUGAAUGGUCAAUGAAUGGUCAAGGUACGGUCAAUGUAUGGUCAAGGUAUGGUCAAUGUAUGGUCAAGGUACCGCCAAGGUAUGGUCAAUAUAUGGUCAAGGUAAGGUCAAGGUAUAAUCAAGGGUAUGAUCAAGUCAGACUAGAUUUGCCUGUCUUGUUGACCUGCAAUAGCCGGACCAAUUAUUGAUGAGUCAUUAUUCGACAAGCAAUCACAAAAAUCACUCGGACCAUACUGGACAUUUCUUGAAUUGAAAUAACGAUGAGUGAUUCAUUCCUUUUGCGUAAGCAAAUUCGUAUAAUUAAAGUGAAAUAGGCGCGUCACAAACCUUAAGAGCAUAGAGUAAUGUAUAGAAAUAAAUGUAAUCGCCUGGAAUGAAGACACCGCAUAAAGACUAGACGAGCCACUAUAGUCGGACAAUACGUAUACGUUAUCACUUCACGUUAUGUUUAUGUUGUUGAGAUUACCAAUAACUUCGUUUUAUUGUAAGAUGGAUAACAUUGUUUCCGUUUAAGUAUAUUAUUUUAACAUAACGUGUAUCUUUGUACGUUUUAUUUUAUUGUGAGUUAGAUCUACAUCUGAUCAAUACUUUAUGCUUUCUUUGUGUUAUUUCGUUGUAAUUAACAGAACUAUUAUGUAUUUAAAAUAUCACUUGAAUUUUACACAUUGAUGAAGAAGAAAGUAAUGAUGAUAGAAACAGACAUUUUCUGAAAUGUUAAAACUUAAUAUCAAAUUGAUCAAUCAGCGAAUUAUACACGUA